AUGAAAUAUUUAAGGGCAGUGAAAGGUAUAACUAGAUGCGACAGAAUCAGAAAUUCGGACGUACGCGAAGAAUUAGGAAUUAAAUCGAUGACCGAAUUUAUUGAAAAUAAACAACUUGGAUGGUGGGGACAUUUACAGAGGAUGCACAAUCAAUCACAGGUUAAACAGGUGUGGGAAGCUAAACCACAAGGAAGAAAGCGAAAAGGUCGACCAAAGAAAACGUGGGAUGAAGUGAUUGCAGAGAUAAUUACAACAAGAGGAUCAACCUGGAGGGAGGCAAAACAAACGGCGUUGGAUAAGAAAGCUUGGUUCAAAUUUAUAAACGAUUAA